AUGGACAGACGUUAUGGUCAUGACGAUCAGGACGAAAAGGUAGAGCUGAAUACCUAUCGAGGCUACCAUCAAAACAACAGCUUCGAACACCCAGAGCCUUUCUCGCCUCCACCAGUCUCCCCAAGGCCUCUUACUCCAGUCAGACCAGGUCAUUUCCCUACUGAUGAGUACGGCCAACCUGUUUGGCUUCAACCCACCGCUCGAAUGUCGGGUCACUCUGAUUCCUUUCACAACUCGUCCUGGGACUCACGGACGCCGUAUGAUUCCCGUUCAGCUUCACCAACUCUGUACCAAAACCAUGGAGUGCAAGAAAGCCACCAGAGUCUUGCUCCCUUAGUGACCUCACCUGCUCCUCCAUCAUUUGAAAAAGAUUGGGUCAAAUCUGGAUCGAUUGCUCGCAUUCAUAACCGUGAUGAUGCAGAAAUAUGGAAAGGGUGGAAGAGAUGGGUGUUCUUCCUGGUACCAUUUCUCACGUUUGCCAACACCGGAAUCUACAUGUUUUACCUUGGCCUGAGAAUCGCCUGCAUUAUUAUGGCUCAAAAUGUUGCUGGGGUCUCAUACGCUGGAGCUUGGGUGUUUGUGGCUAUUGAAAUCGCUAAGAGAGGCCGUGCCAAGCUGAGAUUGACCGGUAAUGAAUGUCCUACGGUGGAUGUGUUUAUUACUUGCUGUGGAGAGGAUGAUGAAGUUGUUCUCGAUACCGUUCGUGGCGCAUGUGACCAGGACUACCCCCGCGACCAGAUGAGGGUCAUUAUCCUGGACGAUGCCAAGUCGGCCACCCUUGAGGCUGCCUGCAACCAACUCGCUAUGAACCACCCCAACGUUAUUUAUAUGGCCCGUGAAAAGAUCCCCGGAAAGCCCCACCACUUCAAGGCCGGUAACCUGAACUACGGUCUGGAGCAAGUCAACCUUUUGCCUGGAGGCGCUGGCCAGUUCAUGGCCGCCCUGGAUGCUGAUAUGAUUCCCGAACAAGAUUGGCUUCGUGCAAUUCUUCCCCACUUGCUGGUGGAUCCCAAAAUGGCCCUUGCAUGCCCGCCGCAACUUUUCUACAACACCCCUGCAUCCGACCCGCUGGCCCAGAGUCUGGAUUUCUUCGUGCAUGUUAUUGAGCCGAUCAAGGAUGCACUCGGUGUGGCUUGGUGCACUGGGUCUGGUUACGUGGUUCGACGCGAGGCUCUCGAAGAGAUUGGCAACUUCCCGCUUGGUUCCUUGGCUGAAGAUGUCGCGACCUCAACACUCAUGCUUGGCAAAGGAUGGAGAACCGCAUACAUCCACGAGCCUCUUCAAUUUGGUACCGUGCCGGAAGACUUUGGUGGACAUCUCAAGCAGCGUACGCGAUGGGCAAUUGGAACCGUCGACACAGCGGUCAAGCUGAAGUUCUGCCUCUGGGGUGACGCUGUUCGACAGAUGAGCUUUGCCCAACGCUUCUCUGGUUUCCUCUAUGCAACUCUGAGUCGCCUCGUCGCCUUCGCGACCGAAGAGCAACUCCGCUGGCUGAUCUGGGCCUGCUUCGCCGCAACCAUCUCCAACCGUCUCUGUGAAAUGGCCCUGUUCAUCCCGGCCGGCUACCACACCGGCCAACGAGGCUCCCGCUACCAACUCUGGAUGUCGCCCUACAUCGCUCUCUGCAUUGUGCGCUCCUUCUUCCUGCCCACCUGGCUGGGCGGUCAAACCCAAGCCUUCAAGCCCACGGGUUCUCUGGGCUCAGCUCUGAACGAGCGCGACCCAAAGAAGUCGAAGAACAUGUUCGUGCGCCUGCGCGUGAUCCUGCUCAACUACAUGGCCAGCUUCCACCUUGCCUUCGUCUAUGUCACCCUCGUCGCAGUCGUCAUCUCCUCCUACCGCUGCUUCGCUAAGAACAGUAGUUUCAGAGAUAUCAUCCUCUGUCUCAUCACACACGCUUUCUGGCCCCCGCUUACCUUCCUUUUCAUCUGCACUUCGUUGUGGACCCCGGUCUCGUAUGCGAUCGACCCACCCUCCAUGCCAGAUCGCGAGGACCUUCUGACGCGGGACCCUAAGACUGGUGUCGCGCAUCCUACGAAGCAGAGUAAAAAGAUCGCCUUCGGUGGCCAGGCCGCUUGGUUUGAAAUCCAAAACACGGUUGCCACUGUAGCCACGAUCUUGGUAUUUGUCUACUCGUUUAUGUUCUAA